UGAAACUGGUUUGAGUAUGACUUGAGACAGGCAAGCACAGAAGGAAACGAAAACAAGACCGAUUUUAAUCACAAAAUCACCUUGUAGAGUCUCAGUGUUGACCCGGGAGAGCCCGAGGGGAGGAACAACCACAUAACGCUUGGGACAUGAGUCAACAACAGAGUUUGAUAAGACUACUGCGAUGGAGGUAAGAUUUACAUUCUGCAUUCUGUAGCAUUGGGCUCAGUUACUUGGUGAGACUGAAGCUGCUGUCACCAUGGCUCACUUUGACACAGAAUACCAACGCCUGGAGGCGUCCUACAGCGACUCUCCCCCCGGAGAGGCGAACUUGCUGAUGCACGUGCCUGAAGGAGCUAAAUCCCAGUGGCAUCACAUCGAGAACCUGGACCUGUUCUUCCAGAGAGUGUAUAAUCUGCACCAGAAGAAUGGCUUCACUUGUAUGCUGCUGGGAGAGAUCUUUGAGCUUGUCCAGUUGCUGUUCGUGGUUGGCUUCACAGUGUUCCUAGCCAACUGUGUGGACUAUGACAUACUCUUUGCCAACAAGUUUGUAAAUCACACCGAUUCCUCUAAAGUCACCCUGCCAGACGCCUUUCUCCCGGUGGAUGUGUGCAGUGCACGUAUCACCGACAACGCAUUUGUGAUCUUUGUGCUGAUAAUCUCGGGGGUGUUUUGGCUACACCGCAUGGUCAAAUUCAUCUACAACAUUUGCUGCUACUGGGAGAUCAGAUCCUUCUACAUCAAUGCACUCAAAAUGACCAUGUCAGAGCUCCCUUACGCCACAUGGCAGGAAGUUCAGGCCAGGAUAGUGGAGAUUCAGAAGGAACACCAGAUCUGCAUCCAUAAGAAAGAACUGACGGAGCUGGACAUUUACCACCGCAUUCUCCGCUUUAAAAACUACAUGGUUGCCAUGGUGAACAAGUCACUCCUUCCUGUGCGAUUUCGACCUCCGGUACUUGGUGACUGUGUCUUCUACACCCGGGGUCUUAAAUACAACUUUGAGCUAAUCUUCUUCUGGGGUCCAGGCUCUCUGUUUGAGAACGAGUGGAGCCUGAAACCAGAGUACAAGCGGGGAGGUAACAGGCUGGAGCUGGCAGACAGGCUAGCGUCCCGUAUCCUGUGGAUCGGGAUCGCCAAUCUGCUGCUGUGUCCGGUCAUUCUGGUGUGGCAGAUUCUCUACGCCUUCUUUAGUUACACCGAGGUGAUCAAGCGAGAGCCCGGUUCUCUGGGAGCGAGAUGCUGGUCUCUGUACGGUCGAUGUUACCUGCGUCACUUCAAUGAGUUGGACCAUGAGCUCAUGUCACGCCUCAGCAAGGGCUACAAGGCUGCAUCCAAGUAUAUGAACUGUUUUCUGUCACCGCUGCUGACAGUGGUGGCCAAAAAUGUAGCCUUUUUUGCCGGGUCUCUUCUGGCCGUCCUCAUCGCUCUGACCAUCUACGAUGAGGAUGUUCUCGCAGUGGAACAUGUUCUGUCAUCAAUCACACUGCUCGGAGUGUGUAUCACAGUCUGCAGAUCAUUCAUUCCUGAUAAGCACAUGGUGUUUUGCCCUGAGCAGCUGUUGCGUGUUAUUCUUGCUCACAUCCACUACAUGCCCGAUCACUGGCAGGGCAACGCGCACAGAUACGAGACGCGUGACCAGUUCUCGCAGCUCUUCCAGUACAAAGCAGUGUUCAUCCUAGAGGAGCUGCUGAGUCCGGUUGUCACUCCCAUCAUCUUGAUCUUCUGUCUGAGGAGGAAGUCCCUGGAGAUCAUUGAUUUCUUCAGGAACUUCACAGUGGAGGUGGUUGGAGUAGGAGACACUUGCUCCUUUGCCCAGAUGGACAUCAGGCAGCACGGACACCCUGCGUGGAUGUCGGAGGGGAAGACGGAGGCGUCGAUCUACCAACAGGCCGAGGAUGGGAAGACGGAGUUAUCUCUGAUGCACUUUGCUAUCACCAACCCCCAGUGGCAGCCUCCUCAGGAGACCACACAUUUCAUCAGCCAGCUGAAAGAACGAGUCCACAGAGAGGCCACGGGGGCAGACACACAUCCGCUCUCACUGUCUGAGUCAGAGCCAAAGAGCCUCAUCGCAAACCUCCUGGCGGGUCCCUCCACGGGGACAUCGGUACAUUUCGGCAGGGACUCUUUGACAAAUCAUGCAGCGGCGGGCUUAAGCGAUGGAGCAUCGGCCUUGCGCUCACUCUCUCCAAUCAGCAGCAGUCUUCACCUGAGAGGCAGUUUGAGUUCAGCUCACAGGGCGACCGCUCACACUUCCACCAUGAGCAAAGCAAUGGCAGGUUCUGGGACGGAUGCCCGGACAGUGAGCUCAGGCAGCAGUGCAUGGGAAGGUCAGCUCACCAGUUUGAUCCUGUCAGAGUACGCCUCCACUGAAAUGAGCAUCCACGCUCUUUACAUGCACGAGCUACACAACAAGCAGUCCCAUGGCGAGCUUUCCCGUCACACCUGGCACAGGCAGGAGAGCGAUGAAAGCAGCGACAGCGUCCCGGAUGAAGUGAGGAGCGAACCCAACCCUCAGUCCAGGAAUUUCCCUCGCUCGCACACUUUCCCCGCAGCAGUUGCAAGUCCCAGUGCCAUUCCUACAUCGGCGUCUGCCAACAGCAAUACAACCAUGGGCCGGGUGGGGGCGUCAUCACAGGGCAGCAGCCAGCGACGCCACAGUGGACCCAACACAGAUUCCUUUGGUGCAGGGGGUAAAGUGGUAAGAUCAGCCCGUGUGCCCAUGGGAGGCUGGGAAGAGGAGGGUCAAGGAGCACCACGACACCAUGGGCCAGUACCGGAGGAGAGCUCAGAGGACGAAAUGCCUCCUCAAAUACACAAGAUUACAUAACAAAGCCCUGGGUCAGCUUCUCACUCUCCAGAGAAAAAUGCAAACACACAUUCUGACGUUGACCACACCUUUUAUCCAGGACUGACUAUUUGAUUCGGGCAAAGAUGAAGACGGACAUGUGCAAGAGAGAGAUGUGCCCGUUUACGACGAUCAACCUUUGGAAGAUAGUACACGACUUAUUACAUGCCUUAAAGGAAGGCAGGGUAGUUUUCUAGUUUGUAUAUCAGAUGAGGACAGACAGGAUCAAGUUACUUCUUAUAGCCAUUAAUACCACCAGAAUAAACACUACACUCUUUCUGUCAUGUCAACAAAUUUGAUUUUGAUAGUGCAUUUGUUGCUGCAGUGUAAAAUAAUGUGAUCACUUCAGCUGGAAGCAUCGUUAUACUUUGCUGUUGUGCAAAUUGUAUUGUCCCCCCACCCCCCCUUCCCCAAAAUCAAAUGGCAUUAGGAGCCAAAUGUUAAUAAUGUAUGUUGUCCUGACAAAAGCAGCAUUCGGAAAGAUGCUGAUAACAGAAUUUCAUCUGUUUUUGAACCAUGAACAUGAGGUUCCAGAUCCUAACCUGUGCUCUUUAUUUCAGCUUGCACCCAGCCUCUUUGCAAAAAAAAAAAAAUUCAAAGUCCUCACAUAUUAGGAAAAUCAACUUACAUUAUAUAAAAUCAUAUAUUUUAAAAUCAGUUCUCAAAUGUUCUGCAGCUUUUUGUGCUGGCUCUGUUUCCACAUGUAGACUUUUUGGUUUAAAAGCUAAUGUACAACACAGCCUGGUAUUCUCCACACACAAACACACACACACACAUGCACUUUGUAAAUAAAUGUUAUCAUGUUAAUUCAAAGUUACCAUUCAGAUGAUUUAUUGAUUCAAAUUCUUACAAUUAUAAGGCCAACAUGUUUGAUUUGUCACCAGAGAUGCACAUAUUAAUGUAUUUUAACCAAGGUUUUAUUCUCAACCUUUCAUUGUUCUUCAUGCAAAAAGGGUGCAGCAGACAAACCUGUUUAAAGCAUGUAAUAUUGACUUCUGUGCCAUACACCCCCCCCCCCCCCCCCCCCCCCAAGCACAAGUGCAUGACCAUCAUCCAUACAUUCUUCUUGAGAGUUGAAACAACAACCAACACAAAGGCUCCUAAACCAUCACCAUGUUUUUACAUCCUGUUCGAAAACAGCAUGACUUUCCCCAUGCUCGUCUGUUAUUUGGCAGCAAUUCUUUAAAAAAAUAACGAAGCACUUUAAUUGAUUUGUCAAUGCAGAGGGUGUCACUUGUUUGUAUGUGUAUGCUGUCAUAUGUAUAUUUUUUAAAUAUUUUUUAAAUAACUUUAUUUAUCAAAGGGAAGGUGCCAUGGUGGUAAACAGAAGUGAAACACUGCGAAGUUCAGCGUUGACGUUUGAUUAAAAGUGACUGUGCUCGGGGUUAUUUGUUCUAUGAAUAUUGUAAAAUACCAUUUUGUACAGAUGUAAAUUCAUCCAUUAAAGACAAGGAAUUGA